AUGAGGAUGGACAUGGCAGGCUCGCACACGUCAAGAAGGAUGCACCAGUGGAUGAGCAAGCACAACAUCACACUCGACCUGAACCCGAAGGGCGCGCACCACAAGCUCGGACUCAUGGAGCGCAACCAUGCGGUCAAGAGCGAGCAACUCAGCAAGUACCACCUGCAGUUUCCCGACGACUCGCUCAAGACCGCGCUCAGGAUGACCGCCAGCCAGCGGAACAUCUUACGGAACGCGCGCGGGUAUUCGCCCGCGACGCUGGUGUUGGGCACGCAGCCCAAGGUACCUGGCGCUUUGUGCGACGAGGACUUCGGCCUGGCGGAGCAGGCUGCGUUGGUCGACCCCAAGAGCGAGGUCAACGAGGACGACGUGAUGCACACGUCCGUGGCGUGGGUCACGCACGGGCGCACGAUCUACCGAUGCACGGUGGAGCAGCUCCGUCCCGAGCUGCCAAGUGAGACCCGAGAGCGAGAAGGACGACGCGAGGAUCCCGACAGCCCACUCAGCACCAUCGAGAAGCUGAGGAGGGCGUUGAGGCGGACCAAGGGAACCUGCAGCUUCAGUGACCUCGCCGAGGGGGGCCAGCGGCCCCAGUACGACGACGCCCUGGGCGACAUGGGCGCGCAGCAGCCCGACGCCCAGGGUGUUCAACAAGAACGACGGCUGGAACCCAUCGACGAGGCGGAGGUGGACCCAGCGGCGCGCUGCCCGCUACGCUUCCUGCUGAAGUGGAAGGUGAAGGACGGAAAGCGAGUGGCCAACGCGCGAGUGCUCUACCAGGGUUUCAAGCACCGAGACGUGGCCGAGGGCCAGCUCGACAAGGAGGCGCCCACUUUGAGCAGGCUUGGCCGACACACGGUCUUGCUUUGGGCGGCCUUGAGGAAGUGGAGGCUGUUCGCUGCGGAUGUGAAGUCCGCGUUCCUGCAGGCCGAGGACGUCAGUGCCCGCGGCAUCAAGCUGUACGCGAGCCCGACGAAGGAGAUCUUCGACGGCCAGACGUUCGUGGUGGACGGGCUGAUCGGCAAGCGCGCGGGCGACUUCAUCGGCUGCGGCGAGAACGUGAGUUGCGAGGAUGACCUGUACGCCAAGCUGGACGACACCGAGUGCUUCCAGGCGCGGCUGGGCAUGCUCAACGAGAAGUUCAAGUUCGGCAAGUGGGAGUUCGGGCCGAGCCUAGUCUUCACCGGCGGCGAGGUGGAGCAGUCCCUGAGCUCCCACGCGAUCACCAUCAAGUUCGAGAAGUACCUGCACGCGGUGAAGCCCAUCACCGUGGAGACGCACCGGCGGGCAGAUCCCACCAGUGCGCUGUCGCCGAAGGGGGUUAUCAUCGCGGCGGCGACGGCAUCGUUCAGAGCCGCAUCGACUGGACAUGCGACGGUGCAAGACUUGCUGGACGCGAACAAAGAUUUACGGCUCCUGAAGGCCAACGCGGACGUGGGAUUGUACUUCGGCUUCGACAGGCCGUGGAGUGAGUUGCGCGUUGGAGGCUACUCAGAUGCGAGCUGGGCCAGCCGACCUGACGGAAGUUCCCAAGGAGGCUAUCAGAUCUUCGUCGGACCCGAGGACGAGCUCAACGCCGGCGCCCCGACGCCGUUCGUGGCCAUGGAGUGGGCCUCGAAGAAGCUGGUGCGGUUGUGCAAGAGCUCACUGUCCGCCGAGGCACAAGCCGCGGCGAUGGGAGCCGACUCGCUGAUGUGGGUGAAGGUCUUUUUGGCCCUGAGUCUGAGGCCCGACCUCGGACAUGACUCACCGUUCAUCACAGACGCGAAGUGCCUCUACGACGCCUCGCGGUCAGCUACGGCGGGGUUGGGCAUCGCAGAGAAGAGGACGGCCAUCGAGAUGAAGAUCGUGAACGAGCAGCUGGCGGAGGUCAACGCCGGGUGGAAGUGGGUGAACACCCAGCAGCAGAUGACGGACGAGCUCACCAAGCUUUCGGCGCGCCAGAUGAUGGCGGAUGCGUUACGCCGUGGAGUUCAUGCCUUGCGCUACGACCCCGACUUCGUGGCCGGCAAGAAGCUCACCAAGCGCGCGAUGGAGCAACGCGAGAAGGAGCUGGACCAGGCAGGAGAGGAGUUGCUCGACACCUUCGAGAAGGAACCCGUGGCGAAGGCGAAGGCUAAGGCCAGGACGCGCCAUUUUGGCGCGAAUGGAGCCCGUUUGGCAGCUGCGUUGGCGGCUACGAGAGCGACAGGCUCUGGAGCUGAGGUGGUACAGUAUACGCCCAGCGGCGUCGAGCUGUUCCACCCACCGACCAACGACGGCUGGGACAACCUGCUGGUGAAGCUGGCCAUGUUCGGACUCAUGAUGGCGAUGCUCGUGGCUUUCGGCUGUGGAUUUUGGGUCGGCACCUGUUGGACACGCUGGACUACGACGGACGCUGAGCAGAAGAGCAUCAGGCCGCGUGAGCCUGAGACCGAGCCGAACCCCAGCAUGACGACGAAGCACUACGUCGAGGGGGCCGAGAUGAUGACGACAGGUGUGAACACCAAGCAGCCACGCCAGAAGAAGGUGCGCCACAUGAUGUGCCAGGCGCAAUGCCGCUACAACCAGGAUGCGCAGACGCCGAGGUUCCAGCCGCUGCCCGAGUACGCACACGGAGCUUUCAUCGGAUAG